AUGGCGCCCCGACGCGACGGCGACGACGAUCGCGCGUCGAGCGAUGCGAUUCGCAGACGAUUGCUCCCGCCGGGGCGACGGGCGCGCGCGCGACGCGGGGAGACGGCGAGCGACGUGACGUUGUUUUUUGUCGAGACGCUCUCGAGAGCGAGCCCCAUCGCGCUGGGCGUCGUCGCCGCGCGCGUCGUGAGCGAUGCGCUGGAAUCGUUCGUGGACGCGUUCAUCUCUCCGCUCAUCGCGCUCACGCUCGGUUCGCGCGGGCGCGCGCUCCGGGAGAUGUCGUUCUCCGUCCUGGGCGUGGAUUUUCAUUUCGGCGAGUUCUUAGAACAGGUCGUCGAGGGCGUGGCGACGCUCGGUUUGCUGUUCCUGUGCAUACGCGUCGUCGCCACGGCGAGCAGGAGGUCCGAUCACGAGCCGCUCUGGACGCCGAGCGCUCGCUGCGAGGCGUGUAAGUCAUGGAUCGCGCGCGACGCGCUGCGGUGUCCGAUGUGCCGCGCGCGCGUCGCGUCGAACGCCUCUGGUGAGGACGAUCGACAUCUCGACGUGUGA